AUGGAAACUGCGCACCUGGGAUUGGAGUUCCCCUCAAGCCAUGAUCUCUACACAAAUUUCAAAGGAGACAGUCUUUCUCAGCCCAUCCCCGCCUCAGUCAUCAUUUCAAGGCGGAAAAGGACAGCUCUGAGCCAGCCGUGCCACGUCAGAGUUUGUCUUGUCCAAAGAUUGUCGAGCAGGGUCAGAGAUAGCGCUUCUGGUAGCGAUGAUAUCUUGAGCCGGGUUUACAAUCAUCUCUUGUCAAAACCUCAGUCAAACAAACCGUAUAUCACUCGAUCCUGCUCCAUCAUUGAAGAGUUGUCUCUGCAGCUACCUGCUCUACCAGAGAGUUGCCAUGCCGAAAAUGUUCAGAAAAUCCCUUUCUAUAUGCCAAUUCUCGCCAACAUUCCAGGGACGACAACCACAGGGAUUGGAAGGAUAUCAUAUUUUCUUAUUGCUACGAUGGUAACAGACAAGAACGAUCUCAUCGGAAUAAGCAAGGAAAUUUUUCUCCGCCGUCGGACGUUGCUUGAGCAAGACUCCAUCCAACAUACUCGAAUCUAUCCAAACUCAAGCUGGAUUACCAAGAUUCUUCUCUCGCAAAAUGGUACUGGAAUGACAGACUCUACAUUCUAUAUCACUGCAAAGAUAUUUCUCCGUCGGACUGCAACCCCGGCUGGUCGUUCUACGGAAUUCAAAUGUGUGGCUAUACGCGGUCUCAGAUGGCGUAUAGAGGAAGUGGCGACACUAGAAAGUCGGCCAGAGGGCGAAAACUAUUCAGAGGAUGAAUCAGUCCAAGAGAAAUCAUACGUCCGCGAGUUAUCAAACGGGAUCCAAAAAGGCUAUUGGGGGACACUACACAAUCCGAUCCUGGCCAACAACCCAACGCACCAGCAGAAGGAUUCUGCAGUCGACAUUGCAUUUGAAGUGAAUAUCCCCAGUGCGGUCAAUCCUGCACCAGGAAUUGAGCCAUCAACUUGCGAGUUCCAAUUCUUGUCACCAGAUUCUCUACCGCGAUCACUGCAAGAAAAGUUCACCUUUUCGACAAAGGAUAGAACAGUCCUUACUACGGAGCAUCGAUUGAAGCUUGAUGUUCUGAUAAGCGAGGACACAUUUGACGCGUCUAGCCGUAAAUUGGUGGAUCGGAAACCUAUGCGCACUGCACUCAACGCGUCGUUUCCUUUGAGGAUUGUUGAUAAAGCCGAGGCCCAUAUCGAUGAGAUGAUCUUCACGGGAAACCUGCCACGCUACCAGGAAGUUUCUGAUUCUCCUCCAAGUUAUGAAAUCUUCUGA